UUGCUCCUCUUACACCCUGUGCCAAAUAGAGUCUAGCCAGUUUUUAAUAAACUAGAACCAGAAAUAAAUUAAUAUGUUUUUAUAAAGGUGUACAAAAGUGAAAUUGAUAAAAAGGAAGGGGACUUCAUUGUGUCCUUUUAAAUACUGAAAAGGAUUCACAUAGUUAUUAGGCGAUGGCGUGUUAUUACAAACACCGAAUAUAUGGCUUUGUGACUCUUUUACUUUUCUUAUUUACCAAUGUAUUUGGGCAGGAAUCUAUUAGAGAAUGGGUGAAAAUUGGAACAAACACUUCACUGGGGUGUUUAUCUGAUAACGAGCCAGCUACUUGGAUUUUUAAUAAUGAAAGCAUUAAUACUGUGGAUACCAGAUUUACAAUUAGUGCUGAUAUUAUAACGGAUGAUAACAUCAGUGCCAGCAGCAAUGGUAUAACUAAAUAUAAUAAUGUACUUCACGUACGUGAUGUCAUUAUAUCGGAUACUGGAAACUAUACAUGCAAGCUUCCUAAAAGUAACAAUUCAAUUGAAUAUAAUUUGCAAGCAUUCCUUCAACCAAAAAUCACUCAAAGUACGGCUGACAAAAUUAAACGAAAGAUUGGACAAAGUGCCAUAUUGUAUUGUAUAUUUGAUAUUUAUCCCCAAAAUACUACGACAAAUAAGCAAUUGAAAUGGCUAAGAGACGGAAGUCAUGUUGCGGAUUUGGAAAACUUUUACGGAAUUACUCAGUUGAGUGAAACACGAUUGAAUUUUACGUUGGAAUUUACUGAAGUAUACAAAAAGGAGAAUGGAACUUACAAAUGUGUUUUAUAUGGAUCUGGCGGCGAAGAGAUCAUAUCUAGUGAAAUAACAUUACUUGUCAUGGAAGUGCCACAAAUCAGUAUUGAUUAUGUGAAGGCUGUUGGGGCCAACAAAAUAUUCCUUAAUUGGACAUCAUACGAUGGCAACGAUCCAAUUCAAAAAUACUUUAUACAGUAUUCACAAGAAGGUUCACCGACUUUCGAAUAUUAUAAACACUAUAUAAAUGGCAACCAUACAUCGUAUGUCUUGGACACGUUUAAGCCAAAUACAACAUACCAUUUACGUAUCACCGGAAAAAACUCGAUUGGUGACGGAUCACCAAAUAAAUAUCCAUUAGCAGUCACCACAUUAGAUCAUGAUCCAACGUUCAUUCCAAAAGUUGAAACAACUGGAAGCACAGCAUCGACAAUUACGAUUGGAUGGAAUCCACCAUCCCAAGAUUUAAUUGAAUUCAUUCAAUACUAUGAAUUGACUGUAUCCGAAUCUGGGGAUGUGCCAAAGUUAAUUGAAAAGGCCAUUUACCAACAGAAUUCGAGAAAUUUGCCAUAUAUGUUCGAUAAAUUGAAAACCGCAACAGACUAUGAAUUUCAAGUUCGGGCUUGUAGUGAUCUAACAAAGACAUGUGGUCCAUGGUCAGAAAUUGUAAAUGGUACUACAAUGGAUGGAGUCGCAACCAAACCAACGAAUCUGAAAAUUCAUUGCAAUCAGCAAAACAUUUCCAGGCUCAAUUCCAUUUCUAUUAGUUGGAACGUGCCCAAAACUCCAAAUGGAAAAAUAAUAUCAUAUUUAAUAAACCUGGAAGGAAAUUAUACAUACAACCAAGGAGGAAAUGAGUACAGUGAGAAAUGGGGACCAAAAAUUCGAAGAGUAGAUGAGCCCAGUCACAAAACAAUUUACGAAGGCGUCAGUCCCAAUACAAACUAUACUGUUACAGUCUCUGCCAUUACAAGGCAUAAGAAGACUGGAGAACCAGCGGUAACUAAUUGCUUUAUGCCUGUCUCUUCGCCUGAAAGCAUUGGAAAAACCAUGUGGACAAAGGUUAAAAAUGGUCCCAAAUAUGUUUUGAAACUAUACUUGCCCAAAAUAAGCGAGAGAAAUGGACCUAUAUGUUGCUAUCGAAUCUAUUUAGUUAAAAUAAUAAAUGAAAACAAAGAGCUACCACAUCCAGAAAAGUUAAAUAAAGCUACUUAUCAUGAACUUAAUAAUAUUAGUAAACCACAAGACUAUGCAUAUUUAGCAGAAAUGCUCAGCAGUCGUUACUUUAAAUCGGAAAUAUUCUUAGGAGAUGAAAUGCGAUUUACUACUAAACGCGAUGAUCUAAUUGACAAUGAUGAUUUAUGUCGCAAAUGUCUGAAGGGCACUCCCUUUUUUAAAACACAAGACGCUAUAGCAAAAAUAGAUCCUGCUUUGCCUCAAAAAGAAGAUCUAAACAAACUUGGUAAUCUAACAGAAAACUCGAUUAAAAUGCUUGAAAGUCGAAAACGUAGGAGACGUAAUCCUACAGUUGCAAUGGGAAAAGAGGAUACAAAUUUAAGCACUGACAUUCCAUUGAAUCAUCAAGAUCAAGUUGCUUCAAAUAUCUAUCCAGACAUAUGGGACGGGGAAAUAGAUAUAAACUCGAACUACACUGGAUUCAUUGAAAUUAUUGUACGAUCCGAAGAUGCUGUUCUUAGGGCGUAUAGUGAUUACUUUGAUGUAAUUACUCCUGCAACUCAAGCUGAACAGAUUCAAACCCUCGAUGAUACAAAGUUCUAUUUGAAUACUGGGAUUAAAGUUCUGGCCAUUUCAUUUGGAUUUAUUGUCAUCUUUGUAACGUUAUGGAUUAUUCAUCAUCAUAAGACUAAGAACGCAAUGCCUGAUGAAGAUACAUUAACCCUAAGGGAUUCGUUAAGAGCGCUUUUUGGCCGUCGAAUCAAUAAUCAUAGUCAAUUCAUCGGAUCUGGAAAUCAGAAAGGAUUUGAUACAGGACCUAUCCAUAAAUUAGAUUUGGUUACAGCCUAUAAAAAUCGACAUAAGGAUACAGAUUAUGGUUUUCUACGAGAAUACGAGAUGUUGCCCAAUCGUUUUAGCGAUCGAACGACGAAAAAUAGUGACAUGAAGGAAAAUGCUUGCAAAAAUAGAUAUCCUGAUAUUAAGGCAUAUGAUCAAACUAGAGUGAAAUUAUCUCCAACUAAUGGAAAUCAAAGUACUGAUUAUAUUAACGCUAACUUUGUGAUUGGAUAUAAGGAAAGGAAAAAGUUUAUUUGCGCUCAAGGUCCCAUGGAAACCACCAUAAACGAUUUCUGGCGAAUGAUAUGGGAACAACAUUUAGAGAUUAUCGUAAUGCUUACGAAUCUGGAGGAGUAUAAUAAAUCAAAAUGCGCAAAAUAUUGGCCCGAAAGGGUAUUCGAUUCCAAGCAGUUUGGAGAUAUAUCAGUGAAAUUUACAACAGAACGAAAAACUGGUGAUUACAUUAUACGAUCCUUGGAUAUCACAAAAUCAAAUCUAAUUGGUGAAGAGGAAGAUCAUCGACAAAUAACACAGUACCAUUAUCUAACAUGGAAAGAUUUUAUGGCUCCAGAGCAUCCUCAUGGUAUCAUAAAGUUUAUACGACAAAUUAAUUCCGUCUACUCGGUGCAAAGGGGUCCAAUAUUGGUACAUUGCAGUGCUGGUGUUGGCAGAACUGGCACUCUUGUUGCUCUUGACUCUCUGGUACAACAACUGGAAGAAGAAAGUAUGGUUUCAAUCUUCAAUACCGUGUGCGAUUUACGACAUCAACGUAACUUCUUGGUUCAAUCACUGAAACAAUACAUUUUCCUUUAUCGUGCAUUGUUGGACACUGCGACAUAUGGAAACACGGAUAUACCCUUAGCUUUGAUGCAAUCGACCAUUGAAUCCCUUAAGUUUAAGCCUAAUGACGGAAAAUGCUUGCUAGAAACCGAAUUUGAGAAACUAAUUAAUACAACUGAUGAGAUAAAUAAGACCUGCAGCGUGGGCGAAGUUGAAGAGAAUAUGCAGAAAAAUAGAAGCCAUGAAGUUAUUCCAUAUGACCGUAAUAGAGUUAUUUUAAGUCCAGUACCAAUGAGGGAUAAUUCCACAUACAUUAAUGCUUCGUUUAUUGAAGGAUAUGAUAAUACUGAAUCAUUUAUCAUUGCACAAGAUCCUUUAGAAAGUACUAUUGGUGACUUUUGGAGAAUGAUUUCAGAGCAAAGUGUGUCCACACUUAUAAUGAUUUCUGAAAUUGGCGACGGUCCAAGGAAGUGUCCACGCUAUUGGGCAGAUGAUGAAAUUCAAUACGAUCAAAUACUCGUAAAAUACGUACACAGUGAAAAUUGCCCGUAUUACACACGGCGUGAAUUCUAUGUAACAAAUUGCAAAAUAGAUGAUACUCUCAAGGUAACCCAAUUUCAAUAUAAUGGGUGGCCUACGGUUGAUGGAGAAGUUCCUGAAGUCUGUCGAGGAAUAAUUGAACUUGUUGACCAAGCGCACAAACAUUACAAAAGCCAUAAAAAUAAUGGUUGCCGAUCUCCCCUUACAGUUCAUUGCAGCUUGGGUACUGAUCGAAGUUCAAUUUUUGUUGCUAUGUGCAUUUUGGUUCAGCAUCUGCGAUUCGAAAAGAGCGUAGAUAUAUGUUCAACAACAAGGAAAUUGCGAUCUCAGCGACCAGGACUUCUUAAUUCAUUCGCACAAUACGAGUUCCUACAUCGCGCCAUUAUAAACUAUUCAGAUCUACAUAAAUUAUCGGAAAAUAUUGUGGAUUAAGGAAAUAUUGUGUGUCUACUCAUAAGAUAAGUGUAGGGAACUUUACACAUAAAAUACAUAGAUAUUAUAAAAAUGUACAUUUCAUGGAACUACAUAUAGUAUGUACGAGUAUUUGAAUGCGCCGAACGUAUACAUUUUUUUACCAUUAUAUUUUUAACCUUAUACAAUACAUGUGUCUAUACAGAUGCUUAUGUAAAUGUC